CAUAAAGCUAUAAAUAGAUCUUCGCCACACAACUUUUUUGUUGCGAUUGGAGGGAAUGUGGACAGGACAUAGGCAAGAGCUUUCAUUUCUAUAAACCUCAGGAACACGCCAGUAAAGGUUUGCAAAGUGACUGCAUAAAACGAUAGGAAAGAAAAGCAGAACAAGAGAGACUAAUGAUUUUUUUACUCGUGGUCUGACUCAUUUUCUCCCGACGGCCCUUUGACCAAUCGGAAAUCACACGCUCCUCCGCGGCAAAAGAACCGCGAAACACUUCCACGAGAAAACAUUGUCAUGUGUUGUAAAAUGACUUCUAAGUUGUUUUGCUAAUUUCUUUGACAUCGCUUGUUUACUGUGAGUACUAAAUGUGUAGGACGGAAGAUGGAUGAAUCAUCUGAAGGUUGUAUCAAUCGGAUAACUUCCCAGCUAGGACCUGAAGCUGCAACUGUUAACUUUGCAAGUCCUCGGCCAACGCCACAAUUUUACCACGAUAAGGAAACGUUUUCCACCAAGAAAGCGAAAUUCGCGAAUCAAAAUGGCACGCCUCAUGAGUGUGCUCCACCGAGACCACCAGUUAAGAGUGCUCCACCAGUUAGUCGGAUAUUUGCACGUCGUCCGUUGACUGGUGCCAGAGCAGUGUCUUUUCGAGAAGAGGAAUCUAUGUUGAGCCCUCAUUAUAAUUCAAAGUCUAAAGUGCCAUAUUUUGAACAAGUCUUCGAUAUCCUUGGCAAGAUAGGAGAAGGUUCUUUCGGGGAGGUCUACAAGGUGCGAAGUAAAGAAGAUGGUCAAUUGUAUGCAGUCAAGAAAUCUCGGGAAAAAUUCAGGGGAGAAUCAGACAGGAAAAGAAAGCUGCAAGAGGUGGACAAGUUUGAAAAGCUGCCACCACAUGACAACCUAGUGCACUUUUAUGGUGCUUGGGAGGAGCAGAUGGUCCUGUUUAUGCAGAUUGAACUUUGUACAAUGAGCUUGGCAUACUUCACUCAGGUAAAUCAUGACGUACCUGAACAGGUCAUCUGGGGAUUUUUAGUUGAUCUGCUUAUGGGGGUUAAACACCUGCAUGACCACAGUCUUGUUCACAUGGACAUCAAACCUGAAAAUAUCUUUAUAUCAGACCAUGUCUGUAAACUGGGAGAUUUUGGCCUUGUGCUUGACCUUUCUAAGGAUGUUACUUCAGAAGCAGUCGAGGGAGAUCCCAAAUACUUAGCUCCUGAGAUAUUGAUGGGCAAGGUUGGAAGGCAUGUUGAUAUCUUCAGCUUGGGAAUAACCAUGCUGGAGCUUGCGUCGGACUUGGAUAUUCCAAAGGGUGGGGAAGGCUGGCACAUUUUACGACAGGGUGAACUUCCCUUGAAGUUUCUUGAAGCACGCUCACCCAAGCUGAAGUACAUUAUUGGUAAGAUGCUAGUUCCGGAUUACUCCACACGACCAACUGUAGACCAGCUUCUUGCUAUGUCAAGUCUCAAGAAGUAUACGAAGAAACGCCUACAUGAGUAUGUCUUGAGAAGUAUGAUGGCCAGUACUCCACCUCCACAGAACAAACUUGCACCAUACCAUUCUGAGUACGAUAGCUCAGACCUUAACAGCAGCCUUGGUGCCAUUGUUGGAAUUGACAGCAGCACUUCCGAUGAUGACUCGCACAGUGAUGUCAGUCUCUCUAACAAUUCCGUUGGAGUGCCCCUGGAGCAGUCUUCACCUGAUUCAGACUCCAUUCUCAUGCCACCUCCAACACCUCGACGUGCUUUCACGGCUCCACUACUUCGACACCGGCCAUAUGCCAUUUCACCCUUUAGUUCUUCGCCUGUGUCCACACGAAAAAAGCGGAGGCCUGAUUUCAGUUCAGUGGAUUGCGAGUCUACAUCACCCGUGAAAGAAGAUAGCAGUUUUGAGAGCGAGCGAUCCCUGACACCCCCUCCUGUGCCUCGCACACUCUUUCCCAUGGACGUCGAUGAGGAGAAGACAGGAAUAGAGCCCAAGAACUUGAUGCAGAUGUUUGACGCUGCCAGUGAUGAAGACUGAGUUUUUAAUUAUCUUCUGAAGAUGUUCAGAUCUGUGCCACAAUUCCCCAGCAAGGUGUUACCUGCACAGUGGAAACCUCUUAAGAACUAAGAUAUUUUGUCUUUCGUCUGAUUGGCAUUGCAAAGUCUGCAAUGUUGGAAACUUUACCUUAUACAUCUCAGUUGUAAGAGGUUGCGCUCACUGUUAAGCAGUUAAAUGAGGUGCAUGUGAAAUAGCUUGCUUGUUCGCUGCUUAGCUUUAAUGCUGCUACAGUGAGGGCUACAUUGUGAUUUAAAAGCUGUUACAACUGGUGUAACAUUGUGCCUUGGAGGCUGUGAACAUUUGACAUUUUAAAGCAGCUAUUGCAACCAAAAGCAUUGGACAAUUAAGGGGUGUGGUUAUCCUUAAACAGAUAAGUUUUCAAUCAGACAACAAACAAUCUGCUACUUCCUGCUCUGGAUUGCUGAUCAAAGCCAUGUAACCUUCAACUUCCUAUUAUUUCCUGCUAGCUUGGAAUAUGCAGAUUGAAGGGGUAGUGUGGAUGUUGGUUUGGACUGAUCUGCUCGUAACAACGCCUGCCUGUCAAGGUUGAUGCAACCUUGAUGUUUGCUUGGCUGCUGUGAACAAAAAUGAUAAUUGUGUUCCCUGAUGGUCUCUUGACUGGUCACAAGCAGCUGAUGUUGAAGGCUUUGCUUCCUUCAUCAGGGGUUAACAUGCCAGUCCAGUGCAUGUGGGUGCUGGUGAGUGAAGAGGUGAAAACAUGAUGUGCAUCUGCUGAAGAUAAUGUGAUUUUUUUCACCUUCACAUCACAAAGAUGAACAAAAUUUGGAAAGUGAGGUUGUCACUUCAUCUCUGAGAGAACAGUUGCUGGAAACUUGAGUUUGUCUGCCAGUGAAUGUGCUAAUUGAUUUUUUCACAGACUGUCCCCAUCCCCCACACUUUUUUAUUUCUCAUCAUCCCAAGAUGUUAUGUAUAUGGACAGUAAUUGCUACAAUAAAUGUAAUCUGUAUAUGAAAGAAUCUUCCUGAGGCUUGGUCCAGUAACUGUGAACUGCUGUUAGAAAUAUCCCACCAGGUGUGUUCAUUAACUACAGUAAAGUAAAGAAAAUGCCUUUCCAAGAUAUUAAAACUAACUGAUGGCUGAUCAAGAUCAUUUCAAACACCAGAAGUGUUCACAAACUUUUUAAAAAGGGAUAUGUGUGCAUGUGUAUGUAUAUAUGUAUAUUUUUAUACACUAAUCCAAUAUUUACAGAAUUGAGUUUUGUUUUAAUUUUAGCACCUGUGUGAUAGUAAAUGAUUAUUGUGUCACAUGGUCAGCUUGUUUUGCUUUUAUAAAAGAAGCUUCUGUUAACUGCCUUCGCAGAAUGGCUUCAUCAACUUUAUACUCUCGUCUGUCUUUCCUCUGUAGGCCUCAGUAAGCCCUCUUGCCGUGAUAUAGCCUUAGUUGCUGGCAGGGCGUAAAACACAACCAACAUUAGCAAGCCCUCAUGGUGGCAUUUCUUACUGGUUCAGAAGGAUCAUUUUUGUAUUAUCUGUACUGCAUAACUGUUGUUCAAAAGAAGCUGGUAUGAUGGUCAUGUGUCCAUGUAAGCUGUACUUCAGUAACUGCAGGCACUUAAUGCAUCGUGCUUGGCUACUGCUUAGCGACAACUUUUAACUAUCCAUGCAUUUUAGGGCAUUAUGUAAUAAUAAAUUAUCCGGGACUGCUUGUAACUAUAGGAAAGAGGAGGUCCCUGAUCCAUGUGGUGCUAUAAUAUCCAGUAAUCUUAAUGAAGGCUUCUUCUAAAAGCUUAUAGAUUUGUUUACAACCAUCUAUAUCUGUUAAAUUUGUGCUUGUGGCAGAAAAAUGCUUCAUGUGUAUGGAUAAGUAUUAAGAAUAUUGGGAUCUUGAGGUGCACAUAGCGAAAUUGACACUGCUGCUUAGGUGUGACUCAAAAUACCAAUAUGGCUACUAUAGCCGGGUCCUGUCUGUCAGGUUGCUGGUUAUAGAGUAAUAAUAACUUUACAGUUUCUUGCUUAUUCUUUCAGUUUAGGAGAGAGGGGUGGGCUACAUUUUAGAUUUAACCAGAAAUCCUCAAAGCACUUGCCAGAAAGUUUACUUUAAAAAUGGUCAGCUUGGUCACUAACAGUUGUAUUGCUCAUUUUACCAAGCUGCUCAGUUAAAUAACUUUCCAAGUUCACUAAUCAGCUGCAAGCAGCAUCAUACCUUGCCAGCUAACCAUUUUAGGCACUUUAUUUUCAAAUCACUUUCUUUGCUUCAAGUGAAAAACUAUAGAGUGCAUAUUUGGCGUUGUUCUUCUAUUAAAGCAAAAGCUUUCUUCUAGCGCUUGAUCCCGUUCCUUGGAACAUUUUUUUUUUUUUUUUUUUUUAACCAUCAUUUUCAUUUUUGUUGCUGACACCACCUACAAUAUGCAUAUCUUAAUAUAAACUAACCCUUUUAUUUCCCUCCAGUAUGUAGUGUUCAUCCUGCUCGCAGAAUUCCCUUCUGGCACAGAGUUUGUGAUCUUACUCUGAACAUGGUGCUGUCAGGUUGUAUGACCAGGUAUGGCUUGACAUCCAAGGUUCUAAAAAGCUGAUAAAUGCAUGUAACCUCCUUGAGACCAGUAAAAAAAAAAACUCUUGGCUUUGGUGGGCAUUAAUUUAUCUAGGAUGACAGGUCUAUAGCUUUUGACACUACCAUUUUCUUUGUUGCCAUAUUGUAAAAUAACUCAGUGUGAGGGGCUUAUUUCCUGGAUAACACCAUUUGUGUUCUCUUGCUGAUGUCUGCACAUAUUUCAUGCUGUGUUGUAAAGAUGCAUUAGGCAAGGCGAUGCAAGAUAAUCACUGUUUAGGGGGAAAAUGAUUGGAUGACAAAUAUUUUGAAGUGUGCGUGCAAUAACUUAGAAUAAGUGAUGUUGACAUGUAAUGGGAAGCUGGUAAACGUUUCUUAAAAAUGAAAAAAAUGAAAAAGAAACCUUGCACAUUAUGUAUACAUUAUUUUCUGGGAAUUUCUGAUUGGUUAUAAGAAGUGAGAUGGGUGAUGUUACUGUCUUUCACAUGCUGUUAUUUAGUCCUGUACAUGAAAAUCCAGGCAGUGUGUUGUGCUGUUGUAGACUAAAGUUGUCACUGGAUGAAGUUAUAUAAUGUCCCGUUUCUAGACUACAAAUUUCCACAAUAGUUUAAACAUUUUGGGUUUUUUUCUGUUGCUCACUUCUUGUGCCCUCUUUACCGUUGGUCAGGCUAGCAAUCACCUCAGUGAUGCAUUCAGGUCAGUAUAACAAGCAAAUGACUAUAACAUUGGAUGUUGCCGCCUGUUGAAAUAGGCUUAUUAUUUAUUACGUUAUGCACUUGUAUUUCUCCAGAGAAAAUGCAAAGCACUUGCGGAAUUAUGCAGAAUAGUACCGCAAGUGCAAAUCAUCUUCCAGAUCAGUAGUUCAAACAUUUCUUAAAACAAAAGCAAGAAUUACAGCAGCCACUGGUAAUGCAGGUCGCUGUAAAAGAUUUUUUUCUGUUCUCAUUUUUCAUCACUGGUGGAGGUGUGGAUUGAGGGCAUAAACAGAUGUUUGUAUUCCUGAAUAAAAUGAAUAUAAUGCUGUGUAAAAUAAAAGCAUUUUUACAAAUA